GCUCUGCCUAUCGAUCUGGCCAUCCAUCUAUCCACAAAUGCCAAUCAACAAAGCUACCACGGCAGCAGCCACCCUCCCUUCAUCUUUGGCUUGCUUUUCUCUCUCCCCUCCUUGUUGGCUGCAACCGGGCGCUUCUCUUUAUCCAUCACAUUCUGCAUCAGCUGGCUAUCACGGGGACGUUCCUCGCUCCUCUUGCCAUUUCGCAAUCGUAUAGCAUCCCUUGCCCGGUUGCGCACCCAGUCUGACGUCUGCCCUGCUCUCUCGACUGCCCUCCGCCACACACGCCGAGCCGUACGACGCACCUGCAAACAGUGUAUUCGAAAUACUCCGUGUGAGUGUCCGGUAUCGUGCCUCACGUACCCUGUAUCUGUCGUCAAGUUGGGACAUGCGCUGGCGCACCUGAAACUGCAUCCACAGCCCAGCCAACACCAUGCACUCGCUUCUCGAUGUGCGAGAAUGGGAUGCGGUCACGUCCUCCUCACUCACUCACCUGCCUGUCGAUCUGCUCUAGUCGCUCGAACCCCUGACGGUACAACCUCGCGUAGAAGCGGCGUGUCUGACAGACAAUGUGCACCGAUAAACACAACACAUGUAUCGCUCGUCUGCCAAGCCUCGCUAACCUGCAUCUUGAGCCAGAGGUCUUCAGCGAAGUAGACGAGGCGAUAGAAGGCCAAGAGCAAUGUGCGGCCCAUCGCACGUAGCCACGAGGGUAGUCUUCCCUUCUUGUCGCAGCUAUUCACCCCCCAAAUGACGCCUAACGCAAUACCCAGCAAGCUCUGGUCGAACAGCUGCGUACACGCUCGCCAGAGACAAUCGCAUUUGCAACACUGCUUCUCACAUGUAUGCAUUAAAGUGUUCAUUGCUCACUGCUUUUGUGAUGACGCCUCCGAACAUGCCACCAGCAGCGGCACAGCCGAUGAGUGUCUGCUCCUCGUAUGAAAUCGUCACCAUGUUGAGAGCGGCCAGGUGACCAGGUCGGGGCAAGGCGGCCUUCUUGGGAGAUGUCAGUGCCGUCUUGGAGGUAAUGAGAACCAGACGCUGGAUCUCCGCUUGCUGGCUCCUCACAGUGCGCUCGAGCUCAUCGGCCUGACGAUGAAUCAAUGCAGAGUAACACAGAUAUCAUUGUGUUGGUUACCCGACCGACCCGCUGACCCGCUUCCUGAGGUCUUCCAUGUCACCUUCCCUUGUCGCGUCGUGUUGUGAGCCCUUCGGUUUGGUUCCCGCCUUUGUUGGCAGCAGACCGAGGCGGGUGUGCGGACGUGAGACUCUUUGGAUGUUCAGGACAGCGUGGCUGGAAAGAUCACGAGGGGUUGGAGGGGGGACUGCCCGCAGGAAAGCCUCGCAUGACCUGAGGCGGUCCAUCGUGAACAAUGGGUUGUGGGCGAU